CGUCUUCGCUCUUUUUGUCAUGUGCUCGCUUGCACAUGGCGGCGGUUUGAGCUGCCCGUCUCUCCCGAGCGCCCCAAAAAGAUUCGCUGGCAUCGCCAUCGUCAACAAGUUAUAUUGGCAAAGUGACGCCACGUCCUUUAAGCCGGCCUCUCUGCGUGGCGGCUUUAUAGCUAAGCUACUGUAGCCGUGCUGAUGUACACUACUGCAGUCUGUCUCAUGGGGUGAUGCAGCGCCAGCCGGGAAGGGUACCAGCUGCUUAAUCACGGUUGCACUACCGCCGUCUCACAAAGUUGAUGCGGUGCACUACCGAUCCAGCAGACACCCGACGCCGCAUCAUCAUGUUUGCUGGUUGUACGACAGUCGAGGUAGCAUGGCGAUACCGCUUUGUUGCCCGACGACACCAAUGCCAACGACAACAUCCUCCGAGCCUAACCAGAUGACGGUCAUCUGAAGCUCCGUGGCUUUCGCUACUACGGUUUGCUUCCGAACAGGCUGCUAUGCACGUGCGAUGCGUCGCCAUUCCCUGCCAAGCGAUUACCGCCCAUCCCAACUAAUCGACUUGGCGAUAGUCUUCUUGCAGAGGGCAGCAGCUCACCAGCACAGCCCUUACACUUGGCCGCAUCAGGAAUAACUCGGGAUUUUUUUUCCUUCUUUCUUUAAUCCCGCAGCCAAUGGCCUGGCGCCAACGACCGCGGCCUGCUGCUAUUUUUGGGGGAUCGUCAUCUGGUGAGCCCCGUUGUUUGCGCUUUGACGCGAUUUCCCCGAAAGUCUGGUGGAUGGUGGUGCAGCUUCAUUGUCCGCCAAACCCGCCCCUUGACGAUUUUUCUUGGGCUUUUAUUUCAGCAUCAUAAUUUCGGCCACAAUUUUCUCAACAUUUACACACCCAUCAAGCACUGUUUAUAAUUUUACCCAGCCAUGGAAUGCCCCUCUCAAAGCAUCUCGCCUGCACCACCUCCGCCGCCAAUCUCAUCGUCUGUUGGCGCUGGCUCCGCCCCGCUGCAACAUCGCCAGUCCUAAUCAGGAAAGGCUACAGCCUUGUUCAUGACUCUGCGGCUAACAAGCUGGCCAACCAUCGUGGACAUCUUGGCCCGCCAGGUCAGCCUGUUUUGCACAGACGCCGAGGCUAAUCUUUUCUAUAAACGCCAUCGUUUGUGCCCCUUUUUUCGGCCGCAGCUGCUCUCCAUCAUCGCAGACACUUCUCUCUUUCCACUGCCUGUCUUGUUUCUUCUUCUCAAUCUUGGACAUCGACAGUUCAAGAUGAAAGCCUUCCUUUGCUUGGCGGCCAUGACGGCCUCUGCGUCUGCAGGAACAUUGUCUCUCGACAUGACGAAGCAAGCCCUUCCCGGCAACCCUGUGUCUCGCACUCAUGCUCGCCAUCUUGAACCUCGUCGCAUCGACAAGUUUGUGACUGCCAUUGCCGACCGUAAUCAACUUACGUAUUACGUUAAUGUAACAAUUGGCCAACCGCCCCAGGAAGUGACACUGCAGAUUGAUACAGGAAGCAGUGACCUGUUCGUUCUCACGGAUUCGGUUGAAACUUGCAGCAAUCCAAAACCGACAUGUAAAACUCCGUUUACCCUUUCCAAGAGCACCACGGUUGAACAACUGAGUGAAAGCGACUUCGGUGGGAGCCCUGACUUUGGAAGCCUAUUUGUCGAUCGCACGAAAGCUUUGGGAUUAUAUAUGAGAGACGAGGUGAGCAUUGGUGGUGCCGUUAUUGAGAAGCAAAUCAUGGCUGUUGCAACCGAAGGUACUGUGCGCGCGGGAAUCUUUGGCCUUGGACUCAACACCCUCGAGUCGAGCAGCCAAUCAAACGUCACGUAUCCGCAAUUCAUUGACAAUCUUGUCUCCAAAAACAUCAUCGGAAGAAGAGUAUUCAGCGUGUUUCUGAACGGGACUCAUGCUGACUCUGGAACCAUUCUGUUUGGUGGUGUGGAUACUGAACGGUACUACGACGACAUUGCGAAGCUUCCUCUCGUAUCUAUACCACGCCGUAACUCCGAAGCGCUUAAUGAUUGGGCGGUUAACAUGACAUCUCUGACGGCUCGUGGUGUGCCUGAUUUCCCACCACUUGAUAACCAACGAAUUAUCCUAGACACCGGUAGCGCUUCCGUACAGCUUCCUGAGGCACAGAUCAAUGCCAUCUCGGAGUCUAUGGAGGCUAUCGCCACCACAAAUGAUCUUCUCUGGGUUGAUUGCGCCCGUGCAGAGGCCAAUGCCUCACUAACUUUUCAAUUUGGUACAAAGAGUAUAUAUGUGUCGCUGGGAAGUCUUCUCUGGGACCUAGAUGACACAAGUUUCGAAGACAAGCAAAAAGUCCGUGCAGCCUUGGGCCCUAAGGCCGCUUCUUGGAAAAACGUUUGUACCCUGGUCAUAACAAAGCCUACUUCAACGGAUAGUCUGAUUUUUGGUGGCCCGUUUCUUCGCUCUGCAUAUCUUGUCUUUGACGGGGACAAUCUCGUCGUUGGUAUAGCCCAAGCCAACCAGCUGUCCAGCAAGACCAAUGUCAUUGAGAUUGCCAAGGGCGAUGCCAUUCCUACCAACAGAGGAUCAGCAGUUCCUACUCAGGUUGUCCAGACAGGCAGCGAUACUGGCAAGGGCAAGGGCGAUAAGAAGGACAAUGCCGGCGUUGCCGUCAGGGUAUCCUCAGCCAUGAGCACGGUUGUUGCCAUUGCGGUCGCUGUUAUGAUUGUGUAAUGUGUGUAUAUGCAGAAUCACGUCUUGUCUUUUUAUUGUAGAUUAUCAGAGCAAUGAAUACCUGAAAUUCCGAAAUGUACAUUCUAACUUGAAGCUGUAUCCCUCGUCAUUGUUCGCACCAGGGACAUUCUUGCGCGAGUACGUCGUCUUGGACCACCACACAAACGUACCCGCAUACACAUCCCUAUUCUCCCACGAGUACUGCGUCCCCUUUGGAACAGCAUGGUACGAGAAGCCAAUAUGGUUAGUCCCCCCCGGACUGUCCUUGAUAUCGCCAUUCGGCAUAUCAAAGCUAUGAUGUCCCGGCCCGUCCACAUCCAGCGUCGCAUCCCAGCCGUUCAUCAUGCCAUCCUGGUGCGAGCCAAACAGACACCCAUUCGACUUGUACCAGUCCCACACAUACGUCGGGUUACCGCCCUUACGCAGGCGCAAAUCUGCCAAACAGUACCGGUCCGUCCAGCUCCCAUUCGCAGAAUAGACAAUGUGCAGUUGACCAUUCGGAUCAAUGAUCGCCUCAGGACCCUCAUUGAUGCCAGACACCUUGGUCUCCCACGGCUCACGCGGCUGCGAAAUGAUGAAGCGCUUACCCGUCGACUGCGUCGGGCUGCUCAUCUUGCAAAUGUACAGAUUCUGCUCUUUACCCGUGCCGUCCUCCCAGCCGGACCAGACGAACCAGCGCUCGCCGUUGAAGUUGAACAUGGUGCCGUCAAUCGCCCACUGGUCGUCCGGCAGCGCAAUCUUGGUCUCGCUCGUGUAUGGGCCCAUCGGGUGGUCCGCGCUCAUGGCGUACAUGCGGUGCUUGCUGGCCACGCCGGACGAGAAGAGGAUCCAUGUCUUGCCGCCGUCCUCGACGAGCUCGGGCGCCCAUACUUCGCCGCGGCCCGCCUUGUCGGACCACACGUUGACGCGGUCGACGUUGUUGGCGCCGAGGCCGACGAGCGAAGACGCGGAGCGCAUCCAGAUGCCGCCGGCGCCGGACUCGACGGAGUAGAAGGUGUUGUUCAUCUUGAUCACGGAGGGGUCGGAGCCGCGGCGGACGUAGGUGGCGGCUGAGGCCAUGCUAGCAAAGCAGAGGAGCGCAAAGAGGGCGGCAAGUAGCCCGAAUGGACGGGUGGAAGCUUGCAUCGUGGGCUAGUUUCGUCCUAUUUACACUGGCAUCGCAUCCUCUGUCUUCUUGGCGGCAUUUGCGUCUUAUAUAUACACCGCGCUACUAUAACUCACCGCGUGAGCCGAGCGCAUGGACCAUAAUCUCGGCAUUGUGCGCAGUAGUCUAGACUAGCUUAAUGCGAGGUUAUUCGCUGGUAAUGGCCCUGUUUAGAAGUCUCCGGUGCAGACAUACUGGGCCGGCUCAUGCAGGCUGACUGGGACCUCGGGGCGAUGCGACUCUGCUCCACGAUCGAGAGCUGCGAAGAGCUAGCUUGAAUGGGGGGCGCAUUGUUUCUAAUCGGGCCGGUCACAUACAAUAGGCUAGGCAGGCGACGAACGAAACCGAUCCUUUGGUCAGCGAGAGCGAGGAGACAAUAGGCGAACAAAGAGUAGGAAUAUCUUACGUCAGAGCUAGCUAUACCAAAAAGGUGUGAGCCCG